AGUGGAGCAAGAGGUUGCGCACAGGACAGUAACAGAGAUAGAGUGCCACUCGCCCGUCACCACCCGAAAAGAUUCACCAAUAUUCGUACUCUACGUCGCGUGUUUUUUUUCCACAUUUACCAAUUUAAGUAUUACGACACGGAAACCUGGACAGCGACAGACCGACACCGUUUUGGCAUUUUCCGGCAGUUACCAGUGCUCUACUAUAGGUUGAUACUGCUCCCGUUUCCGUCAAUUUCUAUUUCGUGCACAGAUCUUGCUAACCUGCGCAGGGGGGGGCAGCGUAGCCUACGCCGGCGCCGUCGCCGUCGCCGUCGCCGUGGCCGUCGCGGUCGCAAAAUCCAAAUGACUAUUAGAAGGAGGAGAAGAUCCGCAUCUGCGUCGUCUGCGUCAUCCUUGUCAUCCGCAUUCUUCUUCUUCUUCUCCUCCGAGGUGUCGGUUCUGGCGGUAUUGUCUUCGCUCUUGAUUUUGUUUGCUCUGGGUGUACUAAUUGCUUCGCCGCUCUCGUCGGCGGCGAGCUUCGAUGUUGGUAAUGGGAAUGUCUCUGUUGAGUUGAAUGCGACGAUUGAGAAUAGUGUUAAUAGUAGUGAUAGUACCAAUGGCACUAGGAAUCAGGCUAAGGAAGAUAGUUUUGCCGACAUGAUCGAUCGAGCACUCGAGAAAGAGUUCACUGAAAGUGAAGAUCAGAAUGAAGCAAAUGAUGCUGGUAGCUUCAAUAACAGCGUUGCAGAGCAGCAGGCAGUUUUGGAGACUGUAGCUAGAGUUAAGCCCAAGAAAAAUGAAACGAAAGCAAAAGAGGAAAAAUCUUUUAAGCUUCAUCAUGUUUUCAAUCUGGAUAAUGACAAUGGAGCAGAAGAGACCCCAACCUUGAUAGACAGGAAGGACAAUGUCUUCAUUAUAUCUAACUUCAAAUCAAAAUAUCCAGUCCUACAGUUAGACUUAAGGUUGAUAUCUGAUCUUGUGGUUGUCAUUGUAUCUGCAACUUGUGGCGGAAUUGCGUUUGCUUGUGCUGGGCAACCGGUAAUAACCGGAUAUCUGCUAGCUGGAUCUGUUGUUGGCCCUGGUGGGUUUAAUGUUGUGAGUGAAAUGGUUCAAGUUGAGACAGUGGCACAGUUUGGCGUAAUUUUCCUUCUUUUUGCUUUGGGCCUGGAGUUCUCCACUACAAAGCUUCGAGUUGUACGAGCAGUUGCUGUUCUAGGAGGUCUGCUGCAAAUUCUUCUAUUUAUGUGCCUAUGUGGAAUUACUGCAUCGUUGUGCGGUGGUAAAUCUUCAGAGGGGGUAUUUGUAGGUUCAUUCCUCUCCAUGUCGUCAACAGCAGUGGUCUUGAAAUUUUUGAUGGAGAAGAGCAGUACAAAUGCCCUUCAUGGUCAAGUGACCAUUGGCACCCUGAUCUUGCAGGACUGUGCUGUUGGCUUGUUGUUUGCACUACUUCCAGUCCUAGGAGGAACUUCGGGUGUUCUCCAGGGAGUAAUAUCCAUGACUAAAUCGUUGGUGGUGUUAAUUGUGUUCUUGGCCAUUUUGACAAUAUUGUCUCGGACAUGUGUGCCUUGGUUCCUCAAGCUGAUGAUCAGCUUAUCAUCUCAGACUAAUGAAUUGUAUCAGCUGGCAUCAGUUGCAUUUUGCCUACUUGUAGCCUGGAGUAGUGACAAGCUAGGUCUUAGUCUAGAGUUGGGUUCGUUUGCUGCGGGAGUCAUGAUCUCAACAACUGAUCUCGCUCAACAUACGCUUGAACAGGUGGAACCCAUCCGGAACUUCUUUGCGGCACUUUUCCUUUCCAGUAUCGGGAUGCUGAUCCACGUUCAUUUCCUCUGGAAUCAUAUCGAUAUUUUACUUGCCUCAGUGAUAUUAGUAGUUGUUGUGAAGACUCUUGUAAUUUCAGCAGUUGUCAAAGGAUUUGGCUACAACAACAAAACUUCUCUUCUAGUUGGAAUGUCACUGGCACAAAUAGGAGAAUUUGCAUUUGUAUUGCUUAGUCGUGCUUCAAAUCUUCAUCUUGUUGAGGGGAAACUGUACCUGCUGCUUCUGGGAACAACAGCUCUUAGCCUGGUAACUACUCCUUUACUUUUCAAGCUGAUCCCUGCUGUGGUGCACCUAGGCGUGCUGCUACGGUGGUUCCCUCCCGAUAGCCAGAGUGAGUUGGGUUUCAAAGCAGACAAUCUUCGCUCUGAGAGUGCCAAGCAGAGGAUCGCCAAAGGAUCUCUUGAUUCAUGAAGGAUAGAUUUGUGAGAAAGUUAAAUUUCCAAUUUUGCCUGAAAAACUUAUUCCGAGUCUGGUAUGCGGUACAGCGCAAAUGAGUUUAGCUGGUCUGCCCUUUAUUCUGGUAUGCGAGGCUUCGAGAUUUUAUCCAACCAAAACAGAGCAAGGCAAAUUGAAAUGAGCUCUGAAACGAGCAGCAAGCAAAACAGAGGAAGGCUUUGAUUCAAAAGGGGGACCGCAAUAGGAGGUAAUCUAACUGUCAAAACCACUGACUAAUUGAAGCUUACUAUUGUUAAGGCGAUUUUUUGUUUUCCAUUUUUAUCACAAUGUAAAAUGGUUCAAGCUUGUGACGAGUUCCAAGAGUGUUCUGUUUACAUCUUUUCACUGGUUUAAUUGAGUUUGUAUGAUCAGGCUGUUGUAGAUACAGAAUGUAUAAAUUCGUUAUGGUCAACUGUACAAAAUACUGAGAGUUAAAGCAACAAGUAAAAGCAAAUUUAUCAA